AUGACUUCAAUUAAUUUAGAUGACGAUUUAAUUAUUUUUACUACAGAUUCCUUCGAUGAUCUUAAAUGCAAUUCAUGUAAUACGUCUGAUUCGUCGACAAGUUCGCAUCAAUCGAAUACAAUAUCUUCAAUCCAAUCUGUAAAUAAGAAAAUGUCAGAUAUCACGGAUGUACUCGACUCAGCGGAUUUGCACGAUAAUUCGGAAUUGAUCUCGACGAAUAUCAUGGAUUAUUUACGCACGCAUAAUUUACAAAACGAACAAGAUACUCAUGAACGAUACAAAUGGGAAAGUGAAGAAAAACGUUUGCAAUACGGAUCAAAACAAUUGUCACCCAAUGAUUAUUUGACUCGAACGUCGUUGUACAAUCGUCCUGUUGCUUUUGAAAAAGAUUCACGUUCGUGGGCACGAAGUUUGCUUGACAAUUUCAAGAAAUGCAAUCAGAAUCUGCCAUCCACUUCAUCAUCGACAAGUUUUCCAUCGUAUUUUCCAAUCAUCAAAAAAUCUUCUUCGUUCGACCGUCAUGUUCAAUACAUCGAACAUCUCAAUGAAUGUAACGAUUAUGCCGCCUAUUUAGAAUAUUUACGGGAUAAUCGUUCGCAAUUAUUCUGUACAUUAACUGAUUCAAUUGAUGUAAUCGAUGGACUACUUGGAACAGUUGUUUCUUCAUUUUGA